AGUGCACCGCUCGUGCACAUACUGCUAAGGUUCUGAGCUCAACACUACAAUGGACUCUAAAGACGCACAGGGACAAGUUCCUCCUCAACCGGAAGUUGAAAAGCAUCAAGAGGAAAAUAAACAGCCGACUGAACAACCUAUACAAACUCCUCAAGCUGAGGAAAAGAAGGAAGUGAAAAGUGAAGAAAAGGCGGAAGCGAAAGAAAACCCAUCAGAGGUGACUCCAGCGACCUCCAAGGUCGAAGAAAACAUAAAUGCUCCUGUUGAAACUCAAGAGACGGCCCCAACUCCAACUCCUGUUGAAACUCAAGAUACUACCCAAACUCCAACUGCUACCGAAAGUCAAGCUGUAAACCCACCAGCUACGGAAUCAGCGUCGGCGGAAGUCCCAAAGGGCACUCAAGCUGAAAGUUCUACCGAAGCUGUAGCAUCGUCGCCGCCAGCUAACGAGCCUGAAGCAAAAUCAGCUGAAGUUCAACAAGAAAUUCCCGCAGAAAAGCCGGAAGUUGUUAAAGAUAUAGAAGUGGAAGCGUCUGCCAUUGAAGAGCAAAAGACUAAGGAAGAACCAGCUCCGAUUGAUCAGUCGGCAGCUGAAGAAAAGAAAGAAGAAGAAAAAGCUCCUAUUACUGCGGGAGAAGGUGAGGUAAAGCAAGAAAUUGCUCCACCGACUGAGAGUAGUAUGGGUGGUUGCAGUACGAAAGAAACCCAAAAAGAUGAUGUCCCACCUGAGAAUCAGCAACCCGUAGAAGUGAAAGAAGAAACCCCUGCUGCACCGGUCGAGGCGCCAUCAAGUGAUGCAAAUAACACAUUAUCAGUUCCGACUGAAGGAGAGAAACGCGAGUCAAAGUAUGACAAUGUACCGCAAAUUGGCGAGGAAGUUGCGCAAUCCGUUGAUAAAAUGCUGGCAGAGUAUAGCAGCAAUUCGAAGGAGGCUGCCGAAAAGGUGGAAAGAUUGAAGAAGGAUGCCGAUGCUAUACAAUUGUGUUCCACUGUGCUUAAACUACAAAAGGAAUUGGCUACCGUACAACUGGAAGUUGUUCAAUUGCAAAAAACCGUUAGAACGGUUAACGAUACGUUUCUAAACGUAAUGGAAUUGUGCUUUGAUAAAGUGAACGAGUCUUAAGAGAAUUUCCAAAAAAAUUUGUAUUUUUGCAGUUUUCAAUUAAAAGCGCCAUCUACUGUUACAGUAGAGUAAACAUGAAUGCUUAGUUAAAAUAACUGCAAGCAUACAAUUUUAUGGAGUAUUAUAAAAGCUCUCCAUGCUUGAAUGUAAUGUUUGCAUUAAAAAUAUACAGUAAAACUGUAUAUAAAUGAAUAUAUUAAUGUAUUUGAGUAUUAUCAAAUGUAGAACUAAAAGAAAAUUACUUAGUUAAAU